CCACAGCGCCUGCCGCUUUCUCUUCUCCGUGCUGCUGCGUCCACCGGUGCCGCCGCCUGGUGCUCUGCACUAAGACCAGCAGGCAUGGCUGAGCAGAUGCGGGGCUGGAGCCUGUCCUUUUCGGGCUGUGGCUUCAUGGGCUUUUACCACGUUGGGGUGACCCAGUGCCUGAGCGAGCGCGCCCCACAAUUGCUACGUGACGCCCCAAAGAUGCUGGGCUCCUCGGCCGGGGCUCUACAUUGCGCCUCCUUCAUGUGCGGGAUCCCACUGGACCAUAGGUAAAAUGUCGGUUUGCAAAUUCUCAUGGACCUCGCCAGAAGCGCCAGAAAGCGCAACAUUGGUGUACUUCAUCCUUCCUUUAACAUGUCCAAAUACAUCCGUGAUGGUCUGAACAGGAUCCUCCCGGCUAAUGCUCACAAGCUGCUCUCCGGCAAAAUGGCUAUCUCACUCACCAGAGUGUCUGACAGGAAAAACGUGUUGGUGUCAGAUUUUGAGUCCAAGGAAGAGAUCGUCGAUGCCUUGCUUUGUUCCUGCUUCAUUCCAUUCUACUGUGGCUUCAUUCCCCCAACUUUCAGAGGUGUGCGAUACAUGGAUGGAGGAAUAAGCAACAACGUGCCUGUCAUCGAUGCCAGCACCACCAUCACUGUCUCUCCUUUUUAUGGGGAGCACGACAUCUGCCCCAAAGUCAAGUCCACCAACUUCCUCCACGUGAACGUCACCAACCUCAGCUUCCGUCUCUGCUCGGGCAACGUUUACCUCCUAGCCAGGGCACUUUUCCCGCCAGAUCUGAAGGUUCUUGGAGAGAUCUGUCUUCGGGGAUAUUUGGACGCACUUAGAUUCUUGGAAGAAAGGGUAUGUUGAUGCUUUGGCAUCUGUGACCCAUCAUCUCCUUGUUUGAAUAUGCCUUUGGAAGAGAAAGAACCAGAGAUCCCUUCACCUGGCUGUGAAAGUGAGAGACCCCCAACACCUCAGAGUAACAAUGAGAUCACACCCGAGGGCAGGGAGCUUCUUGACCAUCUGCGACUCAGCAUAAUUCCGUGGGAUGAGGACAUUUUGAAAAUCAUCUCACCUGAACUUUAUUUAGCUCUGCAAGUAACAAUUAGAGAAAAGGGUGGAUACUGGGCCAAGAUCCUCAACUUCUUACCUGUCCGGAUCAUUUCCUAUAUGAUGCUCCCGUGCACGCUGCCUGUGGAAUCUGUGCUUUUUGUUGUGCAAAGGCUAGUGAGAUGGUUUCCAGAUAUGCCCGAAGACCUGGAAUGGUUGCAGGGGGCUGCCAAAAAAAUUUUCGGUCUAGCAGCAUGACAUCAUCUCCUUCUAGCAUCCAAGUGAGGGAAUGAAGGCCUUUUCCAAGACUGCUCAAGUCAUUGUGGAGCCUGGAGAUGAACCUAAGCUUCCAGAAUUCAAAUUCAAGUGGUUUUACCCGAGAUAUUCCUUCCCAUCACCACCUAAGAAGGAGCUGUUUUUACUUUUCGGCAACCAUAGCCCAUUUGUAAAAAGAAGAAGCCAGCUUGCCUGUCUCAAGCAGCUUGAAGCGGCCUGGUCUCAUGCAGAAGUUCUCAGUCUAGUCUGGAAUACAGCAUCAGUGAACUGGAGGCCUAAGCCAGCAAUGAAAGAUUCUCUAUCUCCAAACCCAACCUCAUGUUUUUCUUGAAUGAUAAAAUGCCUGGGAUAGAAGAAGACUUUAAUGUCUCUUCUCCUAAAGAAAUGCAUUUACAAGUCACUUCAGAAGAGAAAUUUAGCAAACGAUUUCUAAGGGCACAAAAUCCUUUAUGAAAGUUGAGAGUUGCUUUCCAAACUUGGUUUAUAAUGGCCCAGCAGACACUAUAAUAGGACAGAAUUGUGACUUCUGUACUGAAUCUUCCAAUUUACUUUUAGAAACGAUGUAAAAUAGAUAAAAAAUUCACUCAAUUUUAAAGGAAAGAAAAUAUUAGUGCUCUCCCUCUUCUAAGUCAAGUGUUUAAUUAAGUUGGUUAGGUAAACAGGUAUGGGAAUGAUGCUUCACCAAAGGAAAAGACUGCCAUCUAUCUCACUAGCUGAUGUGGGAUCAUUCAGCAUCAAGAACAUUUUCAUCUCCCUUUUGAAGGAACUUUUACCAUUUCAGUAAACUGCUUGAUAAAAGGAAAGAAUGGAGGGCAGCUAAGUGGUGCCGUGGAUAAAGUACCAGCCCUGGAUUUAGGAGGUCCUGAAUUCAAAUUCGGUCUCAGGCACUUGACACUUAUGUAGCUGUGUGACCCUGGGCAAGUCACUUAACCCUCACUGCCCCACAAAAACAAAAACAAAAAACAAAAAAAGAGAGAGAAAAGAGAAAAGAAAAGAGUGAAAUCCAGGAAGAUGUAAGGGCUUUUAAUAUUUAUGUGGCCUCUAUUUAUGUGCAUUAAUGCCUGUAAGUUUUGAAAAAAAAUUUUUUUUAACUCGAAUAGUUUUAUUUGCCUCAAUGUUUGUAAGUUUAAGCAGAGUCUCUAAUAAGCAGGCACUUAAUCUGGUGGCAUGAGCCCCCUCCUCAAGAGCCCUGUCUUCCCAUACCUUUGCAAUGCCUCUUCCUAACAUGGCAGGUCUGGAGCCAAUUCUGCCCAGCUAUCCCUGUCCCUUGGGCAGCCCCACAGGCUCUUCUUGCACUAUUUCCCUGACCUCUUGUAGGUCAGAUGCUUCUGCGCUGUGGUUGCAUUAUUGUGAUACCUAUUUCAACAUUACAUCUCAUUUUAUUUUACUCUAAUAAUCCCUGACAAAGCAACUCCUAUGGUUGCAAAGGUGUUGGGCAAAGAUACAAAGUUAAUUGGGAUAUGGUGCCUGGCCCCCUGGAGCUAAGAAUCUAAAUCGAGGGGAUAGGAGACAAACCCUAGGAACUAAACUAGAGUAGGGAAAGCCUUGGUAUUGCCCUCAGUACCAGGAUUAAGCUAGGGUUUAAGAAUAGACACACUGCAAAAAUAUGGAUAGCAGCUCUUUUUGUGGUGGCUAAGAACUGGAAAGGAAAGGGAUGCCUGCCAGUUGGGGAAUGGCUAAACAAGCUGUGGUACAUGAUUGUAAUGGAAUAUAGUAUUGAGGCUCAGAAAUCUGUGAUACCAGUCUGGCCCCUGGAGCCAGGGGAUGGAGAAAGAGAGGUCCUGGUGUACAGAGCUGCAAUCAGUCUGGAGGGCAAGGCCAAAGUUGUGCCCCACUGGAGGGGUCUCCAGGAGGGAGGCACGGUGAGGCCCUUCCUAGCAGUAUCUGCUCCCCAGCUUAGGCGGUAGCCCAGUUCUCUCGGGUCACUCAGGUGAUGGUGUUCUGCUGGUCCCAUUGCUUGAGGCAAAGCUCUCUCCAGCUAAUCUGGGAGAUCCAGUGUUUGUCUGAGAAGCAGAUACUGUGGAAGAUAAGAGGCAGCAGUCAGGGUGAAGCCAAACACCUAAGGCUCUG